CAGAUGAUGCUGUCAGUGAAAGGAAGAGGAGGAGGAGGCUCAUGUUCGCCGGCUGCAGCAUCAGCACCAGGAGCAUCGUCAUCAUCAUCUCUUUCUCCAUGUGCUCGGAAAACAACAAAAAAAGGAAUGGAGGACAGUGAGGAGGACACACACAUGCACACAGAGUGUAACAGACUGACGGAGGAGCGAGAUGAAGCCGAGCGACAACUCAAACACAUCAAGAGAGUGUCUCAGAUGGUGAUUGAGGAGGUGAGCGUUCUGCAGACUCAGCUGGAGAUCGAGAAGUCGUGCAGGGAAAAUGCAGAGGCCGUGGCCACAAAGCUCAACUGUGAGAACAGGAAGCUGAAGUACCUGAGCCUGUCGUCCCGACCGUGUCUGGACGAGUUGCUCCCCAGCAUCUCCGACUGCAUCGCCCUGGAGACGGACGGCGACACGGAGACUGCGGAAUGUGUCGACAGCAGCCCUGACACCUUCAUACGGUAUCAGCAGCAGGUUAAAGAGCUGACUGAGACGGUGAACAGCCUGUUGGAGGAGAAGAAGAAUUUUGUUUGUCAGAUUCAUGACCAGCAGAGACGGAUAGAGGAGCUGAGCGUCCAGUCAAAGAAAGACCAAGCAGCGAUGAAGGAGCUUCGUGAAACUGUCGAGCAGCAAACCAAAACCAUCAAGAGAUUUAACAGAGUCUCGACGAUGGCAGCUCAAGAGUACGACGGGAUGAAGGACCAGCUGGACCUGGAGCAGAACCUCAGAGUCAAAGCUGAGACGUUUGCACAUGAGAUGCUGGUGAAGCAGAAGGAGGCCAACAGGCAGAGCAUGCUGCUGCUGCAGAACGCUGAGCCCAGCGUUCAACUGCUGAAGGCUCUGGAGGACGUCGCCGCCGUCACCAAAACCCUGGAGGAGGAGCGUCUGCAGCAUCAGCAGAAGGUGCAGAGUCUGGAGGCCCAGCUGCAGCAGAGCAGCGUGAAGGAGCAGCUGGAGGCUCUGCAGAGGCAGCUGGAGCUGCUGGAGGUGGAGAAGAAGGAGGCGGAGGGACGACUGGAGCAGGCGGAGAGGAAGAACGAGGAGCUGGGGAGCCGAGUCCUCGAGCUCCAGGAGACGCAGCAGAAGGUCGCCACGACAACCAGCAUAGAACCCCCACCCCCUGAACCGGGGGUGGCGCCUCCCCCUGCUCCUCCCCCGCAGCCGCCCCCGCCACCGCCUCCUCCCCCUCCACCGCCUCCCCCACCUCCCCCAUCGAGAUGCAACCCCCUCAGCUCGCUGAUCGCCAUCAUGAGGAAAACUUCCAAAGGCUCCAAAGUUUCUGUGAAGGCGGAGCAACCUCCAGAGUCUGAGGGCGUGAACGACGUGAAGGUGAAGGCGGUGAACGAGAUGAUGGAGAGGAUCAAACAUGGAGUCGUCCUGCGGCCUGUGAAGAGCCAGGAAACCAAGAGAACAGCAGUGAAACCGCCGCCGCCGCCACCACCACCACCAUCUUGUGAGGUGAAACCACACGAGAGCGCCAUGGAGGAACUGAAAGGCAUUCUGUGUGUGCAGGAGUCGGUGAAGAGGAGCCCGAGCCGCGGCUCUCAGGAGUCGGGGCCGACGCCGCCGGGGAAGAAGGACACUGAGCUGGAGGUGAUUCUGAGACGCAGGCGCAACAAAGCAGGAGAAGCUGGAUCUGGAGACGAGGGCCAGCUGAGCCACGUCUCCUCCUCCGACAGCCUGAACGGCCAACGCACCAGCAGCGACUCGGGCAAAGAACCCGAGGCUCCGGCGGGUCCGGCGUCACUGAGCGUCCCCUGUGACCCCGCGGGGCCCAGGUUCAGUCCGGAGAGACGGGGUUCCGGGCCGGGACCCGUCGUGGCGAGGAGGAGGAGGAAGAGCUCAGACACCGGCAGGGAAACCAAGUCGGGCUCGUGGCAGGAGAGACGAUCCUGCAGCUCGCUGUCUGAGAGAGAAACUGCUGAGUCACCGCUCAGCAACGGCUGCGUCAUCAACAGCGUCGUGGAAGUCGAUAAAAAGGUGACAGAGAAGAACGUCCAGGCAAACGGAGUCGACCACAGCGAACGCGGUGAGGACACACACGCCGCUGCCCCGCUGAACGGCGGCGCCGACGCCGAGUGCUGACAUGGAAACGGACGAUCACAAGUUUUUUAUUUCAAGUUUCUUUUCACGUGUUUCCUGGCAUUUUUCCCUCUCCACAUUCAGCACGUUUGAUAAAGUUGAUUUGAAGAGUGAGUUUAGAUGAAAGCGUGUUUGGCGUGAACGGCACCCUCACAUGAGCAGCCAUCGCAGAAUCUUCUUUUGUUCAACUUUUGUAUCGUUUCUGGCUUUUUAGCUACAAAGCAGGAGCUAAAAAAACGCUAUUUUUAAAAAUACAUUUUCGCAACUCCACCUCUCGCUUAAUUUCCAACAGAUGUUUGGACAAAAUUUGUGCGGGGACCCAAAAUAAACCUCCCGUGACCCAGACUUUGGGAAUCACUGCUUUAACACAAGUGUAAAACAACUAUAUAUAUAUAUGUAUAUACAGUAUAUGCCUUGAUUCUGAAUAGAACCACAGACAUCAUCAUGUGACCGGAACACCUGCGUACGGAGAGCUUUUUAUGCAAACUCCUUGCUCCGCCUCCUCAUCCCGAUGUUCACCACACCGCCGAUAAGUUUUUGUGAAAAUACAAAACAAACAGACAAGCACGCGUCUGCGUUUUUCUACGCUACUCUCAGAAUAUUUAAAAAAAUGGAGAAUCAAGACGGUUCAGCUACGAUUUUUAUACUCGCGUAACUUUAGUCUAGGAAACAACGCCACCAGGUGUUUACAUUCAUCCGCUUCUUAUAGUCCCACUACAUUAAUUAGUGGAUGGAAAAUCUAACAAAAAAAACGUCUCAGGAUCCACAAGACAAAAAAAAUAUGAUCCAACCUUCACAACUUCAGGGGCCGAGAUGAGAAGAUGACGUGAAAUAAGUCUGAACAUCUUUGGAGGAAUCAGGAGCUUGUGGUCUUCUUCUACCUCUCCACAAACACCUGCCUCCACACGGACACUUCCUGUAAGUCCAAGAUGUCUUCCACCAUCGUCCUUCACGGAAUCAGUCAUCUGUUUCUGUCUCUGCUCUGAAGUCUGGAUUAUUCUCCUGGAAUUGACUGCCAAAAAAGUCAGUGAAAGUUACCCUGCACUUCUCCAGAUCCACCUCCCUGGUCACAUUUCUGGAUAUUUCUGGACUUCUUCAGAUCCACCUCCCUGGUCACAUUUCUAGAUGUUUUGGUCUUCUCCAGAUCCACCUCUCUCCCUGGUCACAUUUCUGGAUGUUCUGGACUUCUUCAGAUCCACCUCCCUGGUCACAUUUCUGGAUGUUCUGGACUUCUCCAGAUCCACCUCCCUCCUUGGUCACAUUUCUGGAUGUUCUGGACUUCUCCAGAUCCACCGCCCUGGUCACAUUUCUGGAUGUUCUGGACUUUCGCCUGUCAUAUGUGAACAGGAAACUGUUUUCCAACUGGAAUUCUGGAGUUUUUGUCAGAAAAGUAGCUUUAGUUCACACAAAUUACUGAUUUUUUAGAUUUGAGAUUUAAAUGAACAUAAAUAAACACCUGGUUUGACACGUAGAGAAACCACUAAUAAAUACAUUUGUGUGAAACUGCUUUUAGUUUUGGCAUAGUGUGGACGUCUGGUCCACUCAGUUGGGAAUGCUGAGUCGGCACAUUUAUUUUUUCUUCAUUAUUCUUGGUAUUUCAGAACAUUGUGAGGUCUUCAACUACUUUGUCCAUCAGCUAAUCUGGUAUCAAAACAACUUUUUCCCGUUUUUUUUUUUUACAUAUACAGUAUAUUUCACUUUUUAUGCAAUUUUCUUCCCAUUUUAAUGAAUGGAGAGGGACGCCACCCUCAUCUGCCAAUGACGACAUCACCAACUGUUUUGAUAAUCAAUUUAUUAUUAUUGAAGUAGUUUAUCUUGAUUGUUCAGCUUCUUAAAUGUGACUAUUAUUGUUUCUUUGCUCCAUUUAACAGAGAAAUCAUUAAAACUGAUUGAGAACGUCAUCAUUUCCAGAGUUCGGGAAACACUGAUCAACAUUUUUGGACAUUUUAUGGCCUAAACAACUCAUCGAUAACUGGCGAAAAUAAUCAACAGAUCAUUUUCAACCUUAUACUCAACAUUCCCAACUGUAUUUUCUGUUGUUAAUGCACACUUACUUUGAUGUUGCCCCUCAAACUUCCUUGAAACGCCUCUGGCUGGUUAACACACUCGCCGUCACGUUCAUUCACGCUUUUUCACGACUUUUCUUUUGUAGCUUCUGCUCUGUAUAAAUGCUUUCCUGACACGUUUUUGAAGAGUGUGCAAACACAGUUACACAUUUGUACGACAACGCUUUCACACACACACACUGGGCGAGAUUUAUAUUAUAACCACAAAAUCACACAAACUAAUAAGUGCAUUCUGUUGUGUCCUCGUGUGUGUGUAUCAUUGCUGCAUUCCAUUUACAUCGGAACUUGGGGUUCCACUGAAAACCACAAUCGCUAUAGCAAUACCAGUCGUUGACGACGCUCUACAUUUUUUUCGUACGAAAACAGCGUAGAAACAUGAAGAAUCAAACAUUACUAUGCGUACGACUGAUUUACCGUGAAACAGAUACGAUAAAAGUGCGAUUAACCGUAAAAGUAGCAGUGGUUUGGUGAGGUAGCGUCAGAAAUUCCGAGUUCCGACUUCAAACGGAACGCAGCAGUUCCUCUAAUGCAAACCUAACGUAAGGACCUGAUGCUAGCGCUGCACGUGAACUCGACUCAUCAGAGCCAUUAAAGCUGCCACAGGCCUGAAGACGACGCUUAUAUAUCCAAGAUUCGCACAGUCUGCUCUCAGCCCGCAGCGUUGGGAUUUUUUGCGUUCUCGCGUUGAACCUCGAGUUUGAUAUUGUGUGUGUGUGUGUGUUCGGGAUAUAAAUGAAGUGUUAAGGGUUUGUUUGUUUUUUUUAAAUAAAAACAUGGGUUUUUGAUUUUAGCGUCACUUGAAAUAAAUUGCAAUUCAAAUGAAAACAA